AUUUGCCGAUCCAGGUCAUCUCACGCUUCAGACGGAAUUUUUAUUAUCGCGAUGAUUAACAGCUGAGUGUUUAUGAUUCCGUAAUUUUAAAUGGAAAAUCUAUGCGCGCUGUGACAUUUUUCUGAAGAAAUUUGUUAUCAACGAAAAAAGCGCUUGUGGCAUAUUUGUCAUCGCGAGGUGUAUUUGCCCUGUAUCCAUUUUAUCGUGGCGUGACGUCACGAAGUACUUGGCAGGUUGUCAAAUCGAAUAUUGUCGUCUGCGCUUAAACAAUUCGCGGUGAAUGUUGGCAGUCGAGCGUACAUCUUCAACACAGCUCAGUUGUUCGUUGUGCGCUGUAGGAUACGCACGUAUUUUAAGCAGUCGGAAAACGAACGAUUAUUCACACGAUUGCCAACUUGUUGUAUAUUAAGGCAGGUAUUUGUGCUAUGUCGUGAUUACUACCGUUGUGUUAUUAUUCACGCGGAAGUGGGACUAUGUUUAAGUAAUAGAGUAAAUAGUGCAAGGACUUACAGUAAUUUAUACGUGCCGAGAUGUCGCUGUCAAAUCGCUCGCAGCGGCAACAAUGCUAUUUGUGCGACCUGCCGAGGAUGCCUUGGGCAAUGGUACAGGACUUUUCCGAGGCCGUGUGCCGCGGGUGCGUUAAUUAUGAAGGUGCAGACAGGAUAGAAAUGGUGUUGGAUUUAGCGAGACAAAUGAAGCGCGCGACCGGGUUUAAUGAGUCGCGCAGCGGCCCCAUGAAGCCCAGUCCCCUCGGACCGAUGCCGCCACAUCCGCGCACUCACCACGAACUUCCGGUUGCAAUGGAGCCCCCGAUUCGCGGGCAUCCUGGGGCGCCCUACGGUGAGCGAUUCGAACGAUCUCGACCGAUGGUUGGCGAGUUCAAUGGGUUACCCCAGGGUAUGAUCCAGAACGGCUCCCAGGUAUCCAGUCAAGACGGGAAGUCGGAACUCCAUCGGAGCACGCACGGCGUCCCCACAUCGCGUGCAAUGAACUACCCGCCGGGCUACCAUCCUUCGAUACACGGGCCUCUAAUGAGCGGACCUCCACCUGCGCACAACAUCAGCCAGGGACGGCCGAUUACAAAUGGUAACGGGGCGGUGAAGGAUGAAGAAGAUAAUUCAAAUCCGAGCGGAGAUGAACUAUGGAAACGGAGAUCACCGGAAGAUAAACGUCCACCAAAUGUACGAGAUAACUUGGCAAUUCUUGCCACUGUCGUACCUUUUGAAACUCGUUAUAAGAAGGACCCCACUGUUUGCGGGCGCGUCAUCGGGUUCGACGUUCAGACCAAGGCAGCUAAUGAAUACGAACUGAAGGUUUUUACGGAGUAUCCGAUGGGUUCAGGGAAUGUGUUCUCAAAUAUCUCAGCGCUUUCGAAGCAGAUGACACAGGACGCCUCCACAAAGGACGCAUCUCGCGGGAUCCCUCCACCCGGACUGCGAAGUCUCGAGUACGAAAUGAAACACGGCAGUGGGGACUGGCGACCUCUUUCCGAAUUGUUAACCGACAACGUGAGAAUAUUCAAAGAGCCGCUAAAGAAAGAACUGUUACCCACUUUGUACAUCAACACAAGCCUCCCACCAGUUCCAAGCGCAUCGAUGUAUAAAAUGCCGGCUGGUAGGGCGGCGUACCCUCUUAGGGGAAGCGGAGGAUUCCCUGAACAAAACGGCCGGAAGCGGAAGGGGACUCCAGACCCCGAUAGUGACCAAACAGAUCCCAUGUCUAAGCGUCAGUGGUAUCCUAGUCAUUCCGAAGCGAUGAAGAUGGCGGGUUACCCUCAAAAUUCACCGCCCAUUGGAAACCACGCGCCGAGUCCGCCCUCGGGAUCAGUUCCGGGACCUUCCGGUCAGAAUGGUCCCUCGCCAAUGGCGGCCCUUAUGAAUGUUACCGACACUUUAACCGGCGUUCCACCGUCGGUUCGUGAAAUGAACGGACGGGUUUCGAUCAACGGCACCCGUCACAAUAUCCAUUCCCCGUCAGCUCUACAGAGAGGACGCGACGGACACGGGAACCUGUCGGAAUCGGGGGCAAAUCCGGAAUCUCUUAAGUGUACAAUAUGUCAGGAAAGACUCGAGGAUACGCAUUUCGUUCAGUGUCCGUCUGUAAGUGAACAUAAGUUCUGUUUCCCGUGCUCCAGAAACAGCAUUAAGUUACAGGGCGCGGGAUCGGAGGUGUAUUGCCCCAGUGGGAAGAAGUGCCCCCUCGUGGGCUCGCACGUGCCCUGGGCGUUCAUGCACGGUGAGAUUGCCACCAUUCUGGGCGAGGAUUACAAAGAGACAAAAAUAAAGAAAGAGAUGGACUCGUGAACACGGAGUGUUCGUAUACAUAAACGUCUGAAUGCUGUUGCUUUCUCGUUAUUUUAAGCAUUUUUUUACAUUUCAAUAUUUAUUAAUUUUCAUCGAAAAUACUUGUUAAACAUUCCUGUUUUGUGAAUCGUAAUGUCUAAAGUGCUUUUACUAUGUGAUUUUGUUAUAGUUUUAUUACCUAUCAUAUACAGUGUGGUAUGUA